AUGCAGAAUGCGGUUGGCGUAGUUACAGAGGGUUCAAAAGGUGCUAAUACGUUAAUCUUUGAUCGAAGUCGACCAGAACGUUACAAGGAAUUGAAGAUGGAGGAAGGCUCUGAGAGGUUACUCCAAUCAGUCACACUGAGAAGACGAACCGCCAAUGAGCUUCGAGAAGAAUCCAGCUGGUAUAUAUCAGCAGAUUAUUUUGAGAGAAGCUGCGGUCUCACCAUUGGCGAAGAUGAUAUCGACGAAGAGUUCGGAAAAAUUGAAGAAAGUGAUGAAAAAGAGCACGAAGAUGAGAACAGGAGAUUUAUCUGA